UCAUUAGCUAACCAUUGUGUGAAAACUUUAGAUAGAAUAUAAAGAAACGUCUGCAUUCUGAGGCAUUUGGAAAAACGAUGUAUGAGACAUAUGUAACAAAAUAAAGCUAAAACGAUGUUCAUGGGACAUACAUAUGUAACAACGAAAUAUAGGCUAAAAGGACGCCAGUAGUAAAAUAGCGGAACAAGGUUCAGAAAUGGAUAAAAUGCAUUGAUAAUACCUUACGCGAAUAACGUUAUCAUUGAGAAACCAUGACGAUGCUGAUGAAUGAAAAGAGUGAAAUAAAAUAUAAAAACUCACUUUUAAAAUUCAAUAAGUUUUCCCUAUUCUAUGACAUGUAUAUUUUUGUGAUUUAUGAAUACUGACUGAUAUUCAUCCGUAUAAAAAGUUUAUAAAGAGUUUGACGAAGACAGAAAACACAUUGUCUGGUACGUAAACGACGCCCAAUUAUGGAUUCGCCAAGUUUAGAAACUAAUGAAAAAUCCAUAGAAGCUCGAGAGGAUGCCAGGGACGAAAAUGGUUGCUGGGCGAAAUGUCAAAACAGGAACAAUCUCGGUAGCGAUGAUUACGGAAAGGCAAAGCAAUUUUGGUUAUUUAGUUGCAGACGACCGCACAUGCGAGGUUUCCACACCUCCUGGUUUGGGUAUUUCAUCGCCUUUUUUGGUUGGUUUUGUGUUCAACCAUUAAUACCACAUAUCCAGAAAGAUUUGCAUUUAACAAAAGAAGAAGUUGCUAAUUCUGCGAUAGCAGGUGUCGCUUCUGUGAUCGCUUUGCGCCUCAUAGCUGGUCCGUUGGUCGAUCGAUUUGGUCCACGCCGCAUCAUGGCUAUAUUCCUAGUCGCAGGGGGAAUUCCACUGGGGCUUGCAGGGUUCACAUCUACCGCAACCGGACUUAUAGUUAUAAGACUGUUCAUCGGCAUCCUGGGUGCCACAUUCGUCCCAUGUCAGUUUUGGACAACCAGUCUGUUCAGCUCUAACAUUGUCGGGGGAGCCAAUGCAUUGGCGGGCGGUUGGGGCAACCUGGGAGGAGGUGUUGCCUUUCUCGUAAUGCCCCUGCUCUUAAGGCUUGUCUUGCUGACCGGAGUGGAGAUUUCAGACGCUUGGAAAAUAUCACUAGUUAUACCUGCAGCAGUGUGUCUCAUUUGUUCAGUGAUAUUUUGGUUCUACUCUGAUGACUGUCCUCAAGGUCCAUGGCACAAAAGAAAGAAAUUUGGCACAUUGAAAAAUAUAGAUGAAGCUGACACCGAAAACGGAACAGUCAACCCGGCAUAUAUCUCUACUGGCGACGAGACAAAAGUACCAACGCAGCUAAAUGGGUCAACAUCAGAGAUAUCUAUAGACAUAAAAUCUGACCUUGCCUCUUCUGAGACAUUCACUGAUCAGGAAAAGGAAUGUUCUCGAGGACACUUUGCGUUUAGAAUUGUGGCAAUCGUCAUUCUAUUUGUACAGUAUUCUGCCGCUUUUGGGGUUGAAAUAUCGGUAAACAGUAUAAUGAACGUGUAUCUAUUGAGAAAAUUCAAAGAACCGGGAUGCGAUCCAAAAGAUCCGCAAUUUACGAACACCACCAUAACAGGUUAUGAAUGCUCAAUUCUUAAUGCGGAGACUGCUAGUUUAAUAACUUCCAUCUUUGGGCUCAUGAACAUCUUUGCGCGUUUCACCGGUGGUUUUUUCUCUGAUUUAGUCGCUCAACGUUAUAGUUUGUCCGGGCGUCUUAUGGUCCAUUUUCUAUUCCUUGUCUUGGAGGGAGGUUUGAUGAUCAUAUUCGGCUAUAUGGAAACUAUUUCUGCUGCAGUUUCUAUACUUGUUCUUUGGAGUCUUUGCGUUCAAAAUGCGGAGGGCACGAGCUAUGCAUUAGUUCCAUUUGUUUGGCCACAGCGAGUCGGAAUCGUCGCUGGUAUUGUUGCGGCGGGAGGGACGUCUGGUGGCAUUUGCUGGAACUUCCUCUGGCGCUAUAGCCUUGAUGAUAUGUCCAGGUAUUUCACGAUAGUGGGUUCAAUAGCGCUCGGUUCAUCUGUGUUUACAUUCUUGCUUUUUGUCGGAGGAUAUCACGUUUUGGACCCUUGCCUUAAGAAAGGUAUGUUUCGGGAGAAUCGUGAUAAGCUCGAGCACAAUGAACCUAGCAAUAUGUAUGAGACACCACAGAACACAGGUUCUCAGAAUAGUGAAGCGCACGUGAAAAAAGAUAAUUUGGAUCUUGAAGCUCUGCGGUCAAGGACAGAUGAGAAAAGGCCAUAUGAAUGUUCAAAACUCUAACUUACUGAACUGAACUAACGUUCAUUGCUAUAUAGAUACUGAAAACCUGGCGAAAUUGCCGAAUUUCAAAUAUAUUAAGCGGUGUAUACAGCGUCAGUUUGCCUUUUAAGUGCCGCUAAACACUCCCUCCAGAAGUUUGGCAACCCUAACGACGCAGAGACCAAAAUACUGUAGGAAUGCAUAAACUGAAUCAUACAUAGGAAAGCAAAUGUUAAACCCGGGGUAAUCUACCUGUAAUCAUACUUUUAUAGAGAGUCAAAUAUAUUGAUUCAGUAAAAGAAUUUCGUUGUAUAUGUUGUACUAGUCUAUCAAAUUAUCCAAAGAUGUGAGUAGUAUACUGAAUAUAUUUCAUAUGUGAUCUGAAUAUAUAAGAACAGGUUGACUGCCCUGCCAUCUUUUACGAGCACUCUUUCUAUCAAGCCGUAUCAUCACCUAUGAUUCCAGUAUAUACAAUAACCCCGGGACAAUAACAAAUGAACAAUAACAAUUGUAUCCAUAGAACUCGAACUUCACACGU